CCCUUUCUGAUGGAGAAGACAACUUAUUUGGUGGCCCUCAGCUUGCCUUUGAUUCUCCUUGGAGUCCAGUGUCUCACCACUGCCUAGAAAAAUACCUCCUUCCAGAUACUGAUGUGUCCUCCUUGAAUGCCUUCCUUGCAGGGCAGUGGGAGAAAGUUAAGGACAUAGAGAAAGGAUUCAAAGGAGAAGAAGGGAAGGCAAAGGGAAGCCAAUGGGGAGAGCUUCAAGCCAGUGAUGGAACUAAAGAUGCCAGGAUGGAAGGGGAGAGGAAAACCACAGAGAACAGCAGCCCAAGGGAGUGAGAGGAGAGAAAGAAGGAGGGAGAGAGAAGGAAAACCUGAUCUAUUGCUGAGAAAAGUUUCUCUCCUUAAGUCCUGUAGGUCAAGAAGACAGACAUGGCACAGACCACGGAAAGGAGGCAGUGGACACCCAGUGCCUGAUCUGGGGAAAAGGGAAUCCAGCCCAAUGGGCAUUCAAGCUCCAGCCCUGAUGACCUCUGCCCUGGUGUAUUUCAUCCAGCUUCCUUGGGCAAGAUGUGAGGAGAACUGUGUCAGUCCUGAACAUUGCCUGACCACGGAUUGGGUACAUCUCUGGUACAUAUGGUUGCUGGUGGUCGUGGGCGCAUUGCUUCUGCUGUGUGGCCUGACUUCUGUGUGCUUCCGCUGCUGUCUCAGUCGUCAGCAAAAUGAAGAGGAGGGCCGACCCCCCUAUGAAGUGACCGUCAUCGCUUUUGACCAUGACAGCACUCUGCAAAGCACCAUCACUUCCCUGCAGUCAGCGUUUGGUCCUGCAGCUCGAAGAAUCCUAGCAGUGGCUCACUCCCCCGGCUCCCUCAGCCAGCUGUCCACCUCCUUGGACACCCUCCCAGGGUAUGAAGAAGCCCUUCACAUGACUCGCUUCACUGUUUCAAGGUGUGGGCAGAAGGCACCUGAUCUACCCCCGGUGCCAGAAGAAAAGCAGCUGCCUCCGGUGCACAAGGAGACCCCAGAACACUCCCCAAACUGAUGGGAACUCUGGUUUUAUAAAUGAGGUGUGGGGGCUCUGUUCAGAAUUGGUUGAGAUUCAUAGACACAUGGACCAGUUUUCCCCCUAACUUUCAGAAAGCUUAGGAUAGCAUCUAAACAUCAUUCUGUGGAAAAGAUGGGUUCCAACUCUGCAACUCUUCAGAUGCAUGUAUUUUCUGAUGUGGGAUGUUCCAGUUGGGAGCUUGUAUUCUUUAUCCAGUGACCAAUAUUUGCAAUUAACCUGUAAUGAUGCUGAUUACUACUGAACAGGAAAACAGCAAAACUAUCUUGGAUUCCUGCAGCUAUUGAGUUUCUUUACCCAGAGCAAACUGCAAGUUGCUUGCUUCUCUACCAGUGAAUAGACUGUAUACAUUUAUGAAGAAAGACAAGAGUGUAGGCAUAGCCAUAGAUAUUCAUGCACUGAAUUUGUGCAUCCUUCCUCUCAAGAGAACACUCACUUUUAUACUGAGUAUGAUGAUCAUUUUGGAUGUCAUACAAUACCUCACUGGAAAUCCAGAAUCCAGAGGUGGGAUUUUAAGAGAACACAGUAGGAGCAUAUCACAGUCUUUCUUUCAUUCUGGUUCUACCCAUCAGCAAGUGUAGGAAACUGCAUAGAAUGCAGUAACAGUUCUAUUCAUUUUUUAGUUCUUCUGCCCCGCAAACACACGCACACAUACAGAUGCACGCGUGCAUAUACCCACGCACACUUUUCUUAACUCUAAAAAACUACCUACCAUUGCUUUGCUUCUUUCCUCUUUCCUACUUUGACCACUUAAAGGCCACGUGUCCCUAGAUAAAUGCUUACUUCUAGUGGUGGCCUUUACUGCCACCUAGCGGAUGCACGGUUGAAAUUCAUUCUUCUAUUGGAGCGUCUCAGCAUCACCUGUCCUGUUCUUGGAGCACUAACUGGAUGGGAUCCUUCCCAGGGCACCAGCCCACUGUUCAGUGCUAAGCUGUCCGCAUAACAUACUACCUCUGAAAUGUACUGUUACUGAAAAAAUUUAGGAAGUUAGGUGUAUUCGGGGGAAAACUACUUGCCAGUGACUUUGAAAAGUCUUUCAAGCACCAUUUUCUCUUCUUAAAAUAGGGGAUAAUGACACCUCCAAAGAGUGUUCUGAUCAAGUAAGCUAUACAUAAGUGAUAAGAUUUGUAAACUGUUAUGCACAUGUAUUUGUUAAUCUUACUAUCAACAACGAAUUUUCUCCUGCCUGCUAUGAUUCCACUGAGACGUGUUCUGAUUUGUCCUUUCGCCAGCCAGCCUAUGAUCAAGACACACCUGAUGUAGCUUUAUUUCAUCAAUAAAUAUUUGUCGAUUGAGGCAAACAACUGGA